AUGUGGGAUCAUGGUAAUGGGGGUAAGGUUUUGCGAUGUACUGUGUGGAAUGAUUAUGCUCUGCAGAUUAAGGACUUCAUUUCUAAAAUCCCACCUCAUGAGCAUGUGAUGGCUGUUAUACAGCAUGGAAAGUGUAAGGAAUGGAAAGGUGAAUAUACUGUUCAAAGUGAUAAGUUUGCAACACGAAUUUUUCUGAAUGAAGAAAUUGAUGAAGUUGAUGAGCUAAGGAGGAGGCAUAUACAGAAGUUUGGACAAGGGAGUGGUUCUACAUCUCAAACGAUACUAUCGUCUCAGAGUGUUUUUCCAUUACAUAAAGAAUUUGUAACUGAAGGUGUGAAGAAACAUGUUGAUGAGAUUAGCGAGAUAGAAAAGGAAAUAUCUUGUGUUGUGGUUGCGACAAUUAAGAUUGUGCAAGAAGAGUAUGAUGAUAUUCUUCGAUUGCCUGCGACUUAUUUGGUUUGUCUCAGAUGUCAUACUGAAUGUACAUCGAUCACCACAAAGUUCAAGGUGCAAGUGCAGGAUGAGAGUGGUAGUGUUUCUUUUGUUAUGUUUGAUAGAGAUGUUCAGAAGCUUCUUAGAUUAGCGGCGAGUGACAUAAGAGAGAGGCAGGUUAAGGCCAAUGAUACUAGAUUCCCUCAUGAGAUAUUUCGAUUGGUUGAUAAGAAGGUUGCUUUUAAGAUUGAUGUUUCAGAGUUCAAUCUUAAAAAUGACUAUCGUGUUUAUACUAUGCAAAAAACAACUGAUGAUCCAGUAAUAAUUGCUGAGUUGGUUGGUGGAGAUGGUAAUGAUGAUGAAAAUACUGAUGAGGUAGCAUAUAAAAUUACUCUUUCAAUCUAUUUAUUUUUCUUUUGA